AUGACCUUUGCUAUCAUACCGGACACCAAUAAUCUCGUUUACCCUUUUGACUUUGGCUCGUUAUUGUGGAUUUUACGGCCUGGACUUUAUCGAUUGGAUAUUUACAUAAAGGAUCGCCGUGUGAAUUGUGGCAUAGCAACUAGUCGCUGUAAUACACUUCGUCGACGAUCCUUAGAUAAUGAAACGACAUUGGCAGUGAUUCGCCAACGGCGUGCUCAACAUCCUGUAAACAGCAGUGACCAUGUUUGCCAAGCUUGCUGGGAUUUGGCUCAACAACAAUCUGUUGAUGAACCACGACAACUUGGCCACCAUAAUGUUUGUCUCCGCUGUGGUAGUUCUCUUGCAUCACGAUCUCAAUUGAGAAUUUGUAAUGUUAUACAAGAGUGGAUUAUGCCUCGAACUGCAAAAGAAGAAAGUCACAUAUGCCACAAUUGUUGGGUGGCUGCAGACAGAGCUGCUAUCCAUAUGGUGUCAGGCCCAUCAACUUCUUUCCAAGGAAGUUCCCAUGAAGAUGUACAGCCACAGGCACAAGAUCUUCCUACUGAACCUUCAAAUGAAGAAGUUGGAAAUAACCAACCCGAACCUACCAUUGUGUUACCGGAUUAUAUGAGAGCUAUCGAAAUGGAAAGAAGUUGGACUAGGUACCAAGAUAAUAUAGUACCACCUGCACAAUUCUUAGAUGAUAUUCUAAUUAUAAUUGAAGAGGAAUAA